AUGCCACCUCCUGGCCAAUGUUGUGCCGUUGGAGCAGCUGACGAAGAUGUUCUUCGCAGCAAGAUUCGGGUAGAUUUGGCCACGGCCAACCGGGAGACGCAGCAAUUUGUGCAGGAGCUGAUUAGCCAGCAGAACAUCAAGAUGCAGAAACAGAUCCAGGCACUGUCCGACCUGGUGCAAGAGUACAUCACACAAGUGAAGCAAGGAGGCCUCUCUCUUGCAAAGAAAGCACCGGAGGAAGACGUUCUGAGACCUAUGUGCUCUGCAGACUUUACGAUGCAUGGCAGGAUGUCCAUGAUGCCAAGACUUGACUUCAACGACAGCCAUCACCUGGCACGGAUGGAGAAGGCGAGCAACACCAAUCCAUUCCGGACCUUCAAAACCCAAAAGAAGACUCUGAAAACCAAAGAUAUCGCAAAGAUGACAACUUUGCAACAGUGGGUCCAUUCAAAGUGCUUUCAGAUCCUCACCGUUUGUGCGAUUUUCGGCAACAUCCUGGCGAUGGGAGUCGAAGUAGAUUUCGAUGUCUCUGGCGCAUUGGUCACACCCGCACAGCCAAUCCCAGAGGCGUUUGCUAUCCUCAACUACAUUUUCCUUGGCAUUUUUGGCUUCGAGGUCAUCAUCAAGCUUGCUGCGUUCCGUGGAGAAUUCUUCCGCGGAGACGACCAUGCGUGGAACCUUUUCGAUGCCUUCCUGGUGAUCACGCAGGCUGCCGAGAUCCUUCUAGAAAGCUUCUCCGUGGGCGGCAUGCGAGCGAUUCGGAUUCUUCGUUUGGUUCGAACAUUGCGCGUGAUUCGCCUCUUCCAUUUCUUCAGGGAGCUCCGAAUGAUGGUGGUGUGCAUUUUCAACUCCUUGAUGUCAUUGAUUUGGGCAGUGACGCUGCUGAUCACUGUGACCUAUGUGUUUGCCAUACUGUGUGCUCAAGGAGCUGCCACGUGGCUGCGAGAGCCCUCUCCUGCUGAUCCCACGAUUGUCGUCAUCUCUGCAGGAGUUGCCGAGCUUGCCGGCGCGUACCAAACAGAUCUCUUAACGGCUGAUGGCUUGAGGCAACAGCUGAACGUGCACUUCCAAUCGCUGCUGCGAACCAUGCUGUCCUUGAUGAUGUCAGUGACAGGUGGUUGCGAUUGGUAUCAGAUCGCGAAGCCGCUGAUGAACAUGUCGUACUUCUACUUUGCAGCUUUCCUCUUCUAUGUACUACUGAUUGUUCUUUGCAUUAUGAAUGUCCUUUCCGCGCUCUUUGUCGAAAUGGCGCUGCAAAUCAAAGAUCGGGACCUGCUGAUUCAGGCGGAACUUGCAAAGAUCGAUGCCUUUUUGAAAGAUAUGAGGGAUCUCUUUGACGAGGUUGACGUGGAUGGAAACGGCUAUGUGACUCGCAUUGAGUUGUCACAGUAUAUGAAAAAUGAGCGUGUGAUGGCGUACUUUGGAGGGCAGGGCCUUGAUAUGUCAGAUGUCGGGCUGAUGUUUGAUUUGUUGGACUCGUCUCAUGAUGGGACCAUUGGGCUUCCAGAAUUCUUGCUGGGCACUUUGAGAUUAAAAGGUGGUGCCAGGUGCAUCGAAGUCAUGCGCUUGUUCCAGGCCCUGGACCACAUCAGGAAAGAGCUGGGGACUGUGCAGCAGAAGCUUCAUAUUGUGGCUGCCUUAGGCACUGAGAAGGUCUGGGUGACUUUGGACGCGGAACGCCCUCGUGAAGGUUUGGAACCUUUGCUGCAACGCUGUGAUGGCCUUUUCUGCAGUGCCAGGUUCCCACAAAGCUGGACUGGCAAGGCUGGGUUGCCAGGUGCACUAGCAAGCUUACUGCGGGAUGCAGCACAAAGAGCCUCCUUUGUUGUUGCUACUCGGGGUGAGCGUGGAUCCUUGCUGAUGGUCAGGAAAAGCUUCGUCGGAGACAAGUGCAACUUGGGCGCAGAGGAGCUUGCCUCAUUGGGCGUCCCGGUUGUGUGUUGUGCCGGCUCCUUCGAUGAAUUCUACACCUUGGCCUGUGACGUUAGAGGGGCGCAGCCCGAGGCAUGGCCGUUGCCUGCAUCCUUCAAGGCCUAG